AUGCCAGAGGGCUGGGAGGGCCUUUUGAAAAGCAAAUUUGGCUGCCACAUUUUUAGAGCGGCUGUGAGGGCUUUGGCUGGGGCUGACGGGCUGGUGGCCCCGGAGGAGGCGGGCCGCCGGGCGCGCCGGCAGCACCGGCUGGACUCUGCGGAAGAAGUGAAUUCUUUGGACGCGAAGGCCUCGGGUGUAUGUACAGCUCUGCUGGCCACCCCACCUUCUUUCGAAAAAGAAUUAAUUCAUUUGUCAAAAGAAAUAAUUCAAGUUUUGCAAAAGGAGAAGUUCUUGCUGCCCUUCGACCCCUACGCGGCGCCUUGUCUGCAGGUCCUGGGGCUUGCGCUCCAGGCGAAGAAGCUGCGGGAGCCACUUCAGCAGCUUGUCGAAGCGCUUUUCUCGUCUCCAAAGGAAAAGAACAGCGACGAGGAGCUUGUGAAAUUUGCAGAUUUUCCUUUUAGUCUUUUCGUUUUAUUUAUCACAAAGAUUUCCUCUUCAAGUUUGCAUUCAUUUGGGACAAGCUGGACCCGCGCAGGGCUUCUGCUGCUGCUGCUGCUGCUGCUGCUGCUGCUGCUGCUGCUGCGGGGCUUCUGUGCGGGUUUUGGGGGCGUUUUGGUGUCUUUUGUAUUUGCGGCGCCUUCCGGGUGUCUGGACACCUUUUUGCACUUAAAGUUGCGCUGUGCAGCAUCUGCUGCUGCUGCUGCAGCUGCUGCAGCAGCAGCAGCAGCAGCAGUUCUUUCUGUUUUUUGCUGCGUGUCGUGGACUCAAACUUGCUGUUCUGGUGCUCUACGUGCUGCUGCUGCUGCUGCUGCAGCUGCGCUGCGCAUAUUUGCUGUAGACUUGGUUGAAUUAGGCUUUGCCUGCUGCUGUUGCGGCAGCAGCUGCUGCAGCAGCUGCUGCUAUAGCUGCUGCUGCAGCAACUGCGCUGCGCAGAUUUUCCGGAUUUUCGCCUCCCUGCUGGAACUGAUGACCACCAACCGCCUGACUUCCCGCCUGCUGCAGCAAAUUGCAGACACUGGCAGCAGCAGCAUACAGCCCAGCAGCAUUCUCUACUUGAUAAGACAUUUAAUUCCCUUUGCUGCUUCUUUUGCCCUCGACCCUGUCGGCGGCUUCGUCCUCACCUCUCUCUACAACGCAGCCACUCCUGAGCUGAAGCGAGAGAUAGUGGAGGCGCUGCUGCCUGUGGAGUCGGAGCUGAAGGAGAAGAACUACACGGCUUACAUGAAGUGCGAAGUUUACAAAUUCACAAAAGACAAAGAAGAGUGGCAGAAGCGGCAGGAAAAGAGAAGCAAAACGCGAGAACUGUUCAAAGAUAUUAUUUCGGACGCAGCCAUCGAGGUGGAGAACACCCAGGAGGCGGCGGAUCUUCUGCCAGACAAUCCGAAGAUCAAGAAAUCCGAGGCCGAGUCGACUCUGCUGCAAAACGAGGGGAAAGGAUUUCGAAAACCAAAAAAAGAAAAUAAAAACAAAAAAGAAACUGUUUUUGGAGACGAAGAAGAGGAGAUAAACGCCAAGGGGAAAGCAGAAAAAGAAGCCAAACGCGCAAUCGAUGAAAUAUUCCUUGGAGGAAAGCUGAAUACAUCUGAGGAAACGCAGAAAGGAAAAGAGAACAAAAAGAAGAAACAGCUCACAGGGAAGGCCAAAGAGAGUUCAAGCUCUUCAGCGCCUUCAGACGAAAAUGAAAAUGCGAAUUUGAACAAGACAAGAAAAAACAAAGACUCCGCUGUCGACACAACUCGGGACUUCUUUGAGGAAAAAAAUACUUCAAAAAACAAAAAGGAAAUCGCGAAAAAAAGGAAAAUAGAGAUAGAGAAGUCGGAGGCGGACGAGCGCCCCGUGAAUUCAAAAAAGAAGAAAGCCGUUUCUGAUGGCAAGAAUAAACAAUGA